AUGAAAGGAAACAAAAAAAGUAAGAAAGAGAAAGGUGGAGAAUACCUGCAUUUCUCGAAAAAAAAGAAGCUAAAACAAAAGGAUAUAAAAAGUGUUAUUUUAAAAAAACUGAAAAGAAGAAUGAAACAAGGAUUAAGAAAACUAGAUGAGCAGUAUGAUUACUUAGGGAAACUUCUUUCCAAUUUAAAUAAUUUAAAAAUUGAAGAGAAUAAUGUAGAGACAUUACAAAAAAUAACAAAAGAGCUAUCCAAAGAAAUAAAUUUUGUUAAUGAAGAAAAUAAUGAUGAUAUAGCAAUAUUAAAAAUGGAGAAAGAUUUGAUAAAAGCUGAUUUUACAAAAAAUAAAAAUAGCUUAAAAAUUUACAAUAAAGAUGAACAAGAAGAGGAAGAACAACAACUGCAUCAGCAACACGAUGAAGAAGAAGGUGUUGUAGAACAUGAAGAAGUAGGAAAAAGUAUAAAACAUGAAAAAAGAAAAAAAAAAAAAAAAAAAAACACCAAUACAAAUUCAUCACAUCAAUUUUCCAAUUCAGUUACACCUUUACAAAUUUUUAGUAAUAACUUUUUAUGCAUGAAGAGUAAAUGCCAUCAUAACAAUUUCACAAGUGAUAAUCUACAAAUUAAAAAUUCCGUUGUUCUCGGUUUAUAUCAAGCCUUGUCGAAAAAUAAAUAUUACAAGGACACGAAUUUGUGUGGUCAUAUUUUUGGUGAACAAGACAAUAACCAAAUUUAUAACCAAGAAAUGAAAAAAAUGCGUAAGAGGAAAUUGCUUGUGAAUUUUCUCAGCCGCAGGAGGAAAUGUCGAAAGAAGGAUGAACGGGUAUCAUAUGAGGAGUAUUCACAAAAUAUGCAUGAGAAAGAUUAUCAUAUUACACAACCAAGUGAAAAUAUCCAUAGCAUUCACCCCUAUGCAUGGAAUAAACAUGACUAUGAAAAAGCAGUAAGCAGAAGCACCCCCACAAGUUAUGACUAUCCGAGCAAAACAUUUACAGAAAAUAGUUAUUUUUACAAUUCUUCCAAUCCUAUAAAUGAUUAUAAAAAUAAAAAGGUUUAUUGGAUUUAUAUGAAAAAAGAAAUAAAUAAAAAUAUAUCAAAAAAUAAUACGAAAAUUAUAACGUCUAAUAUAUUAAAAUUUUUAACAAGUAUAAGUAAAGUUUUCUAUUGUGAAGUAAUUGAUAAAAAAAGAGAUAAAUUAGUAACAAAUUAUUUUUCAAGAAAUAAAAAAAGGAACAAAUUUUAUGAUUAUGUUCUGGCACAGGAAUGUGAUAUCACGGGUUUAAACCAGACAUUAAUUGCCGAUAGGCAUAUACCAAUUAAUAACAACCAUAAACUUGGAAAUUUGUGUUAUAACAACGAGAUAAAAAAUAAUUGUAUUUACCUGUACAUUAAGAGAAAUUUUAUUCCAAAACAUUUGUUAAAUUUAAAAAAAAAAAUUAAAUUAAUUUUAAAUUUUCCAUCCACGGAUGUGAUGAACAAUUUGUGUUCCAAUUGUUUGGAACUUCGAGUGAAUGAAAAUAUCGAUGGAUUGAAAACUCCCUCGAAUUCUUUGAAUUGUCAUAUGUGUGCAUCAUCUUCUCAUGAGGGGAGAUGUAAUGGGGUUGUAAAGAGUUCCACUUUUGAUGAAUAUUCCAUAAAGGAAGAAGAAGAAUUACUUGAGGAAAAGCCGAUGAGAAAGAGUUGCCAUAAAAAAUUCCUAGACCUAAUAUUAGACUCAGACGUGCAUUAUGAACGAUAUGUAGGAUCUCUGUACAAAUAUAAAAACUUAUUCAACAAGAAGAAAAAACAGAAAACGAAAAAAAAUGGAAAGAAGAAAAAUGCAGAAAAUAACAUCAGCAUGACAGUGAUAAGGGCACUGGAUGAUAAUAUUCGAUUUAACAAUAUUUUUUUAAAUGCUUUAUGCAGAUUAAAUAUUAACGAGAAGAAAAAAUAUCACUAUUUUUAUGUCAAUAAUGUUGAAUAUGAUUAUAUGAGUUAUGACAUAGAAGACAUAAUGAUUCAUUUAGAAAAAAUAAUAAGUAAAAAAAAAAAAAUAAAUGGCGAUUCGGGAUCUGCUUUUUCGCCAUCGACAUUGUUGAGCUAUAUGAACAAAAAGUAUGCCCUGUAUUCUACCAAAGGGAAGAAGAAAAAAAAAAAAAAAAAAAAAAAAAAAAAAAGUUAUAAUAAUUUGGAGGAUGAAGAAAAACGUAGCGAAGAGGGAACAUAUGGAUUAAACAUGAUUGAAGAAGAACACACCAAAGGGUAUAGAGGAGGAGCAGGAGGACGAAGAAAAAUAUGGCCUCCAAAUGGAAAAGGCAAAUCAAUCAGAAAAAAAAGUUACGAUGGAGAAAAGGAACACAUUACAUGUUACCAUGGUAAUAAGAAGAAACAUAUUCCAAAGCGAAAAAACAGAUUAAAUAAAGGAAAAAGUGAAAAGAAAAAUCAGUAUGAUCAUUAUUAUUAUCCUGUUAUGAAUGAAGAAUUUGUGCCUAAUGGAUUACAACAUGUAAAGAGAAACAAUGAAAUCGAGACAUAUUAUUUGACAGUUCACAGCUCUAUGCUAAGCUAUAGCGAUAAUAAUGAUGAAAUAAUAGUGAAAUAUUACUUGGAUAAUAUUCCUAAUAAAGAAUUUAAUAUAGAAGUUCGAAAUAAACACAUGCCUAUGGAAGUGAGUUAUUUUUACGAUUUUUAUUUAAGGAGAAAAAAUGAGCUAGAAAAAACAAUAAAAGAUCAUAGUGUUAUUUAUAAACAGAUUUAUAAAUUAUGGAAAGAAGAUAUAGAAAUUUAUGAAAAGGAUAAAGAAAAAAAAAAUAUUUUCGCAUGGGGUAUUUUACCCGUUCGAGCAUAUGACCACCCAAAUAUAUUUGUUCCACUACCGUGUGGUUUUAAACAUAAUAAUAAAAAUUUAGCGUACAAUGCAGUUAAUGAACAAAAUGUGUGUGGUGAUGACGAUGACGAUAAUCAGCUGGAGAAAAAGGAGAAGAAAAAAGAAUAUAUGAAUAUUAAAUAUGCCAAUUUAACAGGUCCUUGUGUCACGUGGCGUAAAAAUUGUAUAUUUUCCAAUGAUUUUAGAAAAAAAAAAUAUGCACACUUGAUUGAAAAGUAUCCCUACUUAUACUGCAUGCAACACGUGAAGUUACCUCUAUUUGCAUUGGAAAGAAAUGUUCUCUAUAGGAACUCAAACAACAUGUUAUUAAAGUGUAGCGAUUCUUCUAGCAUUCAUCAUAGAGACCAUUCGUCCAAGCAAUUCAAUGUCUUCAAAAAAGACGUAUCAACGGGGAAGAGAAAGAUGGGCAUAUUGUUUCAUAGCUCGGGUGAUCAUCCAAUAAAGGUAGACUCGGAAAAAGAUGAAGAAGAAGAAAAAGAAGCGAAAGGGAAGGAAGUGAAAGAAAAAGAGCUGAACAAAUUUUUCAGCAAUGAAGACCUGCUGAACGAAAAAAAUUACAUUUGGAACAAACAGGAAAUAAAAAUAUACUUAGAAAAAUAUUUUUUGUAUCCAAAACAUUUUGAAAAAAUAAGUCAAUACCUAGAAUUUAAAAACACAAAACAAUGCGUCGAUUUUUAUUAUUUAACAAAAAAUUUUUUUAAUUUUAAAAAAUUUUUAUUGAGAAUAUCAGAAAGUAAAGUUAAGAGAAGUAAGAAGUAUGCAUCAUCAAAUAAUGACAUAACAAAGAAGCAUUCCAAGGAAGAAAUAGUAAACAAGUUAAUGAAAAAAUUGGAAAAUAAUUAUUUCAAAAGCGAGUUUGAACGAUCGAAUUAUUUUAACUAUAAUUAUAUAAAUAUUCGUCAGUUCUUCCAGAAUUAUUUUGUAAAAACAUAUAAGAACAUGUAUCCCACAGGAGCAGCAGCAGCAGUAGCAGUAGCAGGAUCAACUGUUGCACCAGGGGAUGUAGUCCAGAACCCUCCUUAUCAUAGCACAAGUUCAACGGUCUCAAUAAAUAGGAAUGACAUGCAUGGAAGUAGUAGUAGAAGUAGUAUCGGUGGUGAUGGAGGAGGAGGCGUUCAAAGAAACAAAAGCAUUGUGCUUGAGAACAUGUCUGAUGGGUAUGUUAUUCCCAAAAAUUACAACUUCAUACUUAGUUCGAAUAGGAAAUUAUGCUUCUUAAUAAAGAACGAUGAAAAUUAUAUUUACAAUGGAAUAAAUUCAGAUAUAAUCGAAAUUAAAUAUAGUGAAAAUUUAGAAUCAGAUAAAAAAAAAAAUGAAAAAAACCAGAAAAAGAAAAAAGGGAUUAAAGAGUUACCACAUGUGCAGAACUUAGUUGAGUUAACUCCUCAUCAUAUGUCCAUGAUAAACAAUCAUCAACCAAGUAAUGCAACAUUUAGUAGUUUAAUCAUAACUCCAUCUUCUAGUAACAAUAAUGCAGAAAGUGCACUAGUGCUUGAUAGUGAUCCCAUUGUACUCCAUGGUGGUGAGACGGAUGAUAGAGGCGAUGCUUAUAAUAUCGAACCUAUGCUAUGGAAAAAUUAUCAGCAGAACGAGGAAACGGAACUAUAUAAAGACAAAUUAACUAUAAAUGCAGUUAAAAAAUUAAAAAAAACAAAAAGAGAGAAUCAUGAACCUUACUCUGGGCAGCCUUCCUAUUUGACACAUAACAAAAAAAAUUAUCAAUCAAAUGGAAGCAAUGAGAAGGAUGUAAUAAAUUCUACAAUAGAACCUCCAAAAAAUAAAACAAAUUGGAUAUCGAUAAAUGAAAAAAAUGAAAAAAAUGAAAAAAAUGAAAAAAAUGAAAAAAAUGAAAAAAAUGAAAAAAAUGAAAAAAUGCGUAAUAUUUAUAAUUACAAAUGGAACAUUAACAAUGAUAAUAACGUGUUCAUACAAAAUGUAGAAAAAGAAGAAAAUUGCAAUAUUGUAAAUUUUUCCAAAACCAGUCCACGUAGUAGUACUAGUAGUUGUAAACAUAAAAAUGAAACAUUGAACGACGAAUUUCCUUUAAAUGAAUUUAAACCUUCCACUGUGCAUCACACGGACUUUAGUAAUAAUAUAAUGAAUUAUAACCCACCCCAAUAUUGUAAUAACGAAGAAAGAAAAAGGAAAAGCUCAAUAUCUGAUUCAAACGCAGGCAUAAAUAAUGCAUUCGAAAAAAACAUUGAAAUUGAAACAUGUGAAGAAAGUUUAUAUAAAUGCUUUGAAUUUUUAAAAAAUAUAAAUCAUAAAAAUGGGGAAGAUUCUAGUAUCAAGGGCGGUGUGCAGAACCAAGCUAAAUUUUCAACACCCCUUACAUUUGAUUACAAAUUGAAAAAAGGCUCCAAAAAAAACAGUCUCCAAAGUAAUGAGAUUUUUCCUAUACAGAAAGAUAAAAACAUGAAAAGAAAAUCGUCGACGACUGUAGUAAAGGUUAAGGGAAAUGGGAGGGAUAUUCUUCCUAAGAAGAUCAGCAAGUCCGAGCAAACGGGACAAAUGGAGCAGUCGGGAGAAGUGGGAUUACUGACCCAUGAGGAUAAAUUCUACAUAUCGAGACAUGUAAUCCAAACGGAUUGUAAGAACGAGAAAAACCAAGGCAGCAAGAAGGGUAGUAAGACAUGGACACACCACACCGGAGUGAACGGUGCAACGAAAAGAAAAAUCAUGUCUGUUGUGAAUGCUACUGUUAAAGGAAGAGAAAUGGACGGAGAAGAAGUAAGGGGAAUGGAUUAUAAGAAAGAUAUAACAAACAAGCAAGAAAAUGAAAAAACUUAUAAAAGGAAAAAAAUGUUUGAAAAUCAGAAGAAUGAAGAACAAAUGAUCCAGCCAAAUGAACAUGAAGAGAUGGCAUAUGGAAUUAUUAAUCAAAUGGAUGAGGAACCACAGACGGAGACAAUUGGAGACGUAGAAUUAUCUACUCAAAGUGAUCGAAAUGUGGAUGUAGAAUUAAUGAGGAAGAUAUUUCAAGAUCAACGAGGACAGAUGAGCAGUGCAGUUCAAUUGGAACAAGUGUCCCAAAUGCAACCAGUUGAAACACAUUCAAAUUAUGACACAGAGAUUAAGAAUGAAAUUUUGGAACCUGAAAAUGUAUGGACAUAUGAUAAUAACGAACUAAAAAGUUCCUCUUAUGAGUGUGGGGAAAAGAACGACAUGAUAAAUAAUAACAUGUCAGAUGAGAUAAAUACAAAACCUAUUGAUUUUUCUCCAAAGGAAGAAAUUUUUAUUAAUUUGGAUUUUAAUGAGAAGAACAAUGCUCACCAUACUCCAUCAGAGGAUUACUGGAAUAACACGAAAAAAUAUAGUGUAAGUAGUUCGACUGCUAGUAAUAAAAAAGAUGUUUAUUUAGAUAACAAAGGCUCAUGGUGUGAAGUUGAGAAUGCAGAUUCAGAGCAAGUUGGGCAUGAUGGACAGAUGGAAAAAUAUGAAUUUAUGCAACUUCCCACGAAAGAAGAUCUAACGGAUAGCAUAUAUUUGCAUAAUAAGAGGAAUUCCUUUCAAAGUAGCAAAUCUUCAAAUAAUGGUUCUUUAGAUUUUGUACAGCAAAUAGAAAAUUAUGAAGGAGAGAACUCUGAUCCUUCCAAACAUCUGUUUAGAAAGAGUGCUACCAAAUGGACAGAGAAAGAAAAGGAAAUUUAUUUUGAAGUUUUUGCAAAAGAAGGAAAAAAUUGGGAUACCUUAUUUUUAGCCUUACAUCCAUAUGGAAAAACGAAAGAUCAAAUUAAAAAUUUUUAUCAAAAUGUCAUUGCAAAGAAGAGAAAAAAUGAAUAA